CAGCAAUUUUGCACAGGAAGCUUUGGGAGAUGUUGUUUACUGUAGUCUUCCUGAAGUUGGGACAAAAUUGAACAAACAAGCACGUGAAUGAAGUCCUUCCGGUGCCUGAAACCUCUAUAAAGUCUAACGAGACAUCAUAUAUCUAUGGGUGAUGUGAAGCUUUUUUUUGGCUGCUUUCAAGAGCUUCCAGUCAUGUAUCUUUGGUUUUCAGAAGUCUGACUCUCAUGUGGGAAGAGUUUUCUCUGUAUUUAUAUGAGGAAGAUGUUAAAAACGUUAAGUAUCCAUCACAGUAAUGGAUGUCUGUCAGGAAAAUGACACAAAGUCAGAAAAUAGUGAAAAUAAUGAAAUUCAAAGCACAGAAGAAACUGAAAUAAUGCAUACUUGUCCAGAUGAAAGAAAAGAAAAGAAUCAUGUUUGUUGUCUUCUUAAUAUCAGUGACAUUACACUGGAACAAGAUGAAAAAGCCAAUGAGUUUAUUAUCGGAACGGGAUGGGAAGAAGCAGUCCAAGGCUGGGGAAGGACUUCUCCAACCGCCUGUAUCUGGCCCAGAAAGAAGCUUAAAAAGGCCAGGGUGGGAGAAGGUGUGGACAACUGCUUACUCUGUGUCAGCCUCUCCCAAGGGAGCUCCGAGGCCAGUCCUCCAUCCGCAGGGAAGCUAGAGUCUGGGACUCUGGCUCAAGGGGGCCUCGAGAAGGAUAGGGGCACCCUCUCCCAGACACAGGGGCAGACCCCAGGCCCCACCACUGCUUCCAAGGAGAUUAGCAAGAUCUGCUUUCCUACCUACAGUCAGGCAGAGAAAAAAAGCCUGCAAAUAAAGGAAUUUAUUUGGUGCAUGGAAGACUGGGUCGCCCCCGAGACUGUUAAAGGAAAGGAACUCAGAAAUCCCAGCAGAGGUCUCUGCAGAGGGGCCUCCCUCUCUGACACCUUGACUUCCAAAACUCUUUUAGUUCUACCUCCCCUGAAGACUGCACUCUCAAACAGCGUGGAUGUUCCAGGUAAGAAGAAUACAAACUUUUCCUUACAGUCAGAAGAGAAGGUGCUGAGUGUGGAAAAGGAUGAGUGUGUGGCUUGUGAUUUUGGAUUGAAAACAGUUGAUGGGAAAGGUGAAAAGAGACCAUUUGAACUGGCCAGGCACCUUAAGGUCAACAAAACGCUGCCUUUCCCUCCCCGGGAGACCCGGACAUCCCUGCUGGCCGAGCCCCAGCCCUGCUGCCUGCCCUGGUCCCUCCUGCCUGAGAAAAACCCGGUGUGCACUCCUGACCCCAAGAACCUUCACUUUCUCACCACCUUACGGCUUUUGCAGAAACACGGAGUGCAAAACUAUAAGGCCAAGUUCAAAGCCAGGGAGCCAAGACCUCCUGUGAACACCCCAAAGCGCAUUCUCACCGAGACCAAGCAGGAAAACAGCUCCAAAACUUUGGACCCUAAAUUGUUCCCCAAACCUCUCUUGCCUUCCCUCACAGUGAGCAGAGUUGUUAUUCCUGUCUCCACUCACAGGUUCCUCUGAGUUGCCACAAUAUAAAUCCCUGGGAAUUAGCACUGUCUGAAAUUCAUUCAGUCUUCCUCUCCUCCCCUAUUCCAGUCUCUUUCUCUUGUUCCCUCCUCUCUCCCUCUCCAUGUCCUUUUGUUUAAUAGAAAACAGGAAAUUUAGCCAAUUGAACCUCAUUAUUUGAGUUUUCGCUUAGUCUCAUAUUUCAAAGUACACAGGAUUGACUUCUGUUGAAUCACCAUUUACAAACUGCCGCUCUCAGCCCCUGCCUGCCCUGACCUUCUGUUCCCCACUGGAAGCCAGGUUGAUGGCCAAGUCCCAGAGCCUCUUUCUGUGAUACCCCCAUGCCAGCCUCUAGUGAGCCCCACUGCCUUAAGUAAGGUUGGGAUUGUUUAGUCAAGUUGUUUCCUGGUGUUUUUUGUUGUUGUUUUUUGUUUUUUUGUUCUGAUCCAGGCAGCUAAGUCAAUUGGCUCAUUUUCUCUUGCAACCAAAUUUAGAAACACUGCUUUAAUAAUUCCAGCCUACCUCCAAAUGAGCUAUCAAAGCUAUCGAAUCCUUGUGUUCAUAGAUGUACCCGGUCCAUUGUAUUCUUUGUGUGCAAAGUGACAUAUGUCCAUGGAUAAAACAUAUCCACAUCUUGGGUGACACAUCCUUAUGUUUUAUCCAUUGAUAUCCAUUAUACGUGUCCAAGAUUUCAUGUACUUAUAUUGUACCCUCAUGCUAGUCUCUGAGCCUGAGGAAAUUUUAACCACAUUACAAAAUCCAUCUUGGGGGAGCAGGUUAAGAAAUUAAAUAACAACAUCACCUCAGAAAUACAGAAGGAAACUUGUCUCUCAGAAGAAAUUGAAUUUAACCAACGUGGAGUUCCAGAAUAAUCAUGAUGUGACUAUUGUUUUCAUCAGGCAAAUGAAUAGUCAUUACAAUAAAGGUUCCCCGAAAUGACAAUUGAGAAAUUGUACAUUAAGCAACUUUAAUAAAUAGUUUGUAGGGAAAAAAAAGAAAGAAAUAUAGAAAACUUAGUGGACAUUUAUAUCUCCUAAUUUAUGUA